AAGCAAUGGAGCUCGAAAGCCGACUCAUCUUUCCUGUAAAGAAAGCGACGAAGCGAUUUUUCCAACGGCGUACGACACCGUUUUAGGCUGCUUCCUUCAUUUCUCAACUCUAAAGUCUAAACCUUUAUCGGCUCUCUUUCGCUCCCAAUCUGCUAUCCGGUACGAACCCCUUCUUCGCUGUCUCUCUGUCAGUAGGUGGAGAUUGUUAGUCGAUCUGCUUCUUGUUGUGCGGAGUAAUUUAAUGUUAUUAAUAUCACUUGACAAGUCCUCGGGCCGAAAGACAGUGGUUUUGACACGUGAUCUUAGCGUGUGAAGGUGAUAGCUUUGUGCUGUUCUAUGCUUCCGUCAGCUUCAAUAACGGUGGUGGACUAGAUGGAUGUUUCCUCGGAAAUACAUUCUGAGAGUCGAACAGAUUCUCAUCCAUUAUUAAUGGAGCGGGCGGAGAACCUUGACAAUAGUGAGCAUAUUGUUAUCGACAUGCCAAGGACUGCUGAUAGUUCAUUGUUGACCGCUUCUCAGGAAAGGACUUCUAAUGUCUUGGAUACAUUGCAACAUGAAGACAGACCUUCAAGUAGUGCAAGAACACCCAUUCAUCAACCUUUAACAUCUUCUUCUAAUAGUUCAAACUCAAGAAACCCUUCAUUCAUCAGGAGACGGGAAACUCGUCGUCGUAGGAGUCCGCUGAAUUCUGGGUUAUGGAUUUCUGUUGAACUAGCUCUUACAGUGAGCCAGAUCAUUGCAGCUGUUGUUGUUUUGUCUUUGUCUAGGCAUGAGAACCCACGGGCUCCAUUAUUUGAAUGGAUGAUUGGUUAUGCAUCUGGAUGUGUUGCGACCCUCCCUCUCCUUUAUUGGCGGUAUCGUCACCGUAAUCUGGUUUCAGGGCAAGACUCGGCACAACCUCGUCAAAGUUCUUCGCAUAUAAACGUUUCUGCGAGACCCUUUUCCCUCUCAGUGACAAGGACUUCAGAGGGGGAAGAUCAUCGGAGUGCUGUUACAUCCCCUAGAGGUGGUCAAGAUUCUGGGGCACUGAAUGCAAGACUCAAGGUGCUGGUGGAAUACUUUAAAAUGGCUCUGGAUUGCUUCUUUGCAGUUUGGUUUGUAGUUGGCAAUGUCUGGAUUUUUGGAGGGCAUUCAUCUGCCUCAGAGGCUCCAAACUUGUAUAGGUUAUGUAUAGUGUUUCUUACUAUAAGCUGUAUCGGGUAUGCCAUGCCUUUCAUCCUGUGUGCCACGAUCUGUUGCUGCCUGCCAUGUAUAAUUUCCAUUCUUGGGUUUAGAGAGGAUCUGGGACAGACCAGAGGUGCCACAGCAGAAUCAAUAGAUGCUUUACCAACAUACAAGUUUAACGUGAAGAAAAAUAGACAUACUGAUGAUAGAGAUGGCAGUUCAAGUGCCGGUGAUGGUGGGUUUGUGGCGGCAGGAACAGAUAAAGAGCGCAUAAUAUCUGGAGAAGAUGCGGCUUGUUGCAUUUGCUUGGCAAAGUAUGCUAACAAUGAUGAGCUGAGGGAGUUGCCUUGUUCACAUUUUUUCCACAAGGAAUGCGUGGAUAAGUGGCUGAAGAUCAACGCCUUGUGCCCUCUCUGCAAGAAUGAGGUUGGUGAAAGCAUUUUGGGUUCGUAUGGCUCCGGCUCCAGCUCCAGCUCCAACUCCAGCCACAGACGUGUUGAGAAUAGGGUGGGCAAUGGCGUAGCCGGCACCAUGUUCUAAUUCUAUUAUACGCACCAAUCCGAGUAUAUGUGCGCGAAGGGCUAGUACCUUGAGGAUCAUUUUUCAGGGGAUGGAUGAAUACAUGGCAGUAGAAUGCUCAUCCCUGCCAUUGUUCCAGUUGAUUUUAUUUCCUCAGGGUGAGCUGUAGCUAUAUAGAUACCACGGCAAUUGCGUUACAAGGUUAUGUUUAAGCUAGGAAUUGUCUUUCAAUGGCGGCAUCAUAUGGUCAUGUGGAGUUUUAGCUACAGGACAAUGUAAAUGGAGUGAGCAAUAAUGAUCUUGUAAUUGCCGAUGAGUUAUCCCAACUAUAGAGUUGUGAUUUCAUGUGUAUCAUUCAUCAUGUUGGAUAUGUGGAGUUCACGAAUUCACUUGAAUCUUGAGAUAAAUAGAUCUUAAUUGUUGUAAUUUUUAUAAUUUUUGUUCGUAGAUUCAUUAAUUAUUCAUUGUUGAAGGUUGUUACACACUGGGUGCUAGCCUAACUGGUUUC